CAGUUCAAUUUUGGAGUAGAUGAUCAACCAUCGGAGGCUUUCGCUCAAGCUUGCAUGCGUCAUAUAGACUUCGAUGACUGGGUUGCGGAACGUGACGAGCCCAUUCAGGACGCCAAAUUCCCGCUCGUGGUGCGAUGGGACGUGACGGCGUUUGACAAGUUCUUCAGGGACUACCGCUGGCGUCAUCCCAGAAAGACACGGCAAGAAUGUGUGCUAGACUUGGUCGCCCAAGGCUUUGCCGACUAUCCUGUUUCCUCCAGCGUUUUCCGCCGUUGUUUCAUGGUAGGCAGCGUUGAGUCGACCCAGGCAGCAGAAGCAUUGCAGCAAACUGGCCGGCCGCUGCUAUCCUUGGCUGCACGGCAGUUGGGCUGGCGGCGGCGGUAUGUCAGAAGCUUCUCUCUGAGAGACGAAAACCCGGAGAGGGAGGGGUGGCAAGUGUUGGUAAAGGAAAUCAUUCGAUGCAAGGCGGACCUUCACGCUUCCGGAUGGCUCGUUGGGACGCUUAGGAAACCCGCGCGGAAGCCUAUCGAUGGUGGUACGGGGAAAAAUUCUGGCGAGGCAAUUUCAGCUCCAAUCCCCACUGACCAGCUCGAGAGCUAUUGA